AUGGCCCCUCAAACGCUCAAAAUCGCCGUUAUUCCCGGAGAUGGCAUCGGCAAGGAAGUCAUGCCAUGGGGUGUCCGCGCUCUUGAAGCCGCCGCCAAAGUCUUUGGUCUCUCUCUGCAGUUCGAGACCUUCGACUUUGCGAGCUGCGAUUACUACGAGAAGCAUGGCGAGAUGAUGCCAUCUGACUGGAAGGAAACUCUCCUCAAGUUUGACGCCAUCUACUUCGGUGCCGUGGGCAUGCCUAGCCAAGUCGCCGACGAUGUCUCACUGUGGGGAAGCUUGCUCAAGUUCCGCCGCGAAUUCGACCAGUACAUCAACCUCCGCCCGUGCCGCUUGAUGCCCGGCGUUAAGUCGCCCCUCGCCAACCGAAAGCCCGGCGAUAUCGACUUCUGGAUCGUGCGUGAGAACACCGAGGGCGAGUAUAGUAGCAUUGGCGGCAAAAUGUUUGAGGGAACCGACAGAGAGACUGUCAUCCAGGAGACUGUCAUGACCAGAGUGGGCGUCGACAGGGUUCUCCGCUAUGCAUUCGACCUUGCUCAGAGCAGACCCCGCAAGCGCCUUACCAGUGCUACAAAGAGCAACGGCAUCAGCAUCACCAUGCCCUACUGGGACUCCCGCGUUGCAGAGAUGUCCAAGAACUACCCCGAUGUCAACCUCGACAAGUACCAUAUCGACAUUUUGACCGCGCACUUUGUCCAACGCCCAAACAUUUUCGACGUGGUGGUUGGCAGCAAUCUCUUUGGAGACAUCCUCUCUGAUCUGGGCCCCGCUUGCACAGGUACUAUCGGUAUUGCUCCUUCAGCCAACAUCAACCCCGAUGGCAAGUUCCCCAGUCUUUUCGAGCCGGUGCACGGCAGUGCCCCGGAUAUCUAUGGCAAGGGCAUCGCCAACCCUGUCGGCAUGGUGUGGGCUGGCCAAAUGCUUCUUCAGCACUACGGAUACACAGAUGCUGCCUCUUUGGUGCUCAGGGCGAUUGAAAAUGUGUUGGCCCGGUCUGAGGCAUCAAUCAUGACCCCUGACCUGGGAGGAAAGGGCACAACGGAUGGGUUUGGACAGGCCAUCGAGGCGGAGAUCAUUGCUCUGGGUGAGAAGAGGUAG